AUGUAUCCUAGUUUAAAUGGUUCCAAUAUUGGAAGUAUAAGUAAUGAAGAUGAUAAUGAUCACACUGCCACAGCUGAUGGAACUUUAGUUGUUAUGGUAAUACGAGCUAAACAUUUACCCAAUCGGCGUAAAUUAGAUAAACAAUCACCAUAUGUUGUUGCAAGAAUUGGAACUGUUGCUAAAAAGACUCUGGCAGCAUUUCGAGCGGGACAAACCCCAGAAUGGACUCAUGAAAUGAGAUUUGAAUUAUCACGAGAGAGGAAACCAAUUUUAAAAAUUGAUGUAUUGGAUGAAACGAAAAAUGAUCCUACACCGAUUGGAAAUGUUGAAAUUGAUGCAUCAAUAAUAUUUACUAAUCCGGAAAAUAAUGAAAAUGGGAAAUAUAUUUAUGAUAAAUGGUAUGAUUUGACAUUGAAUGGUAGAAGAGCCGGAAUGAUUUAUUUGGAAAUGACAUUUUAUCCAACGGCACCGGUUUUACCUCCAAAAAUCCCUAUUGAUCACCCUGAAGAAAUGGUGGUUGUUAAUGAACAAGAUCAAUAUGAUACCGUUUCGGCAAUGGGACAAAGUAUGAGAUCAAUGAAUUCAUCCAAAUAUAAAGAUUUACCUAGUCCUCCGCUUAACCAACAACAGCAGCAAUCAUAUUUAUCAAAACUGGAAGGGAAUCAUAGUGUUGCUGAUGAUGUUUUCGUUAAUCUGGAAAAUUCAAAUACUAGUAAGACAUCAUCGAUAUUUCUGAAAAAGUUCUCCAAAUAUAGUGGUGGUGUUACUUCAACAAAUAGUACUAAUAUAGAUCGUGAAGUAUUUGUUUCAUCAGAACUGGAUAAAAAUCAAGAUAAUAAUUCCAAGAAGGGGGCUAAAAAAUAUACUUCGAAAUUAGCUAAAUUGACUGAUAAAUUCCAAUCUAAACAACCCAUUUCUACACUUUGGAAAAAUAAUGAAUCAAUGUCAGAUAAUACUAAUAUUGAUGCUCAUCAAUCUAGUACCACAACAACUGGUACUGGCACAACAAAUGCUGCUCCAAAAGUUUUCAGUUCAUUCAACACGAGAAGAAGUGUAUCACCUUUAAGUGAUUAUGGAUCAAAUGAUCUAGAUCAAUUACAACGAGAUCUUUCUCAUACACAAAUCAGUGAUGGCCAUGGUAGUGGACAUUAUAAUAAUAGAGAGGAUAAUCAAAUAGAUAAUAGUCUUUAUAAACCAUUACCUGAAAUUGAAUUCAAUUCUCCACCAGUUCCUCCACCUCAUUUGAUUGUUUCGAAUACUGAAGAUAAUUACUAUAAAUCAAAUGAUAAUAUAAAUGCAUCAUCAUCAACUUCACCAAGAAGAAAACCACCACCACAAUUAUUAUCAUCAUCGUCAUCUCCUAAAGCCAAUAAUGCGAAAAAAUCACCAUCUACAAAUGGAUUUAGUCCUACUUUUGAUUUAACAAAAUCUACCGCAAUUCCAUUUUCUGCCGACACGAUAGGAAUCGACGAUGAUGAUGAUGAAGGAGUUGAUAGCUCAAAGAACAGAAAAGACAUUUUACCAACACAAGUAUAUUUAUUAGAUCAACCAGUGAAAUCAUUAAGUUUCCCAUCCAACACAAAUGAUGGAUUAUCAUCAUCAAUAAAUAUCAAUUCUGAUGAAAUUCAUCCUAAAUAUUAUGCUCCAACACCAUCAGAACAUUUCAAUCGAUCACAAAGAUUCAAUAAUAACAAUAUUACUAAAGAUGAUUUAAAAAUUGAUUUUAGAACUAAUCAAACGGGUUAUUUAGGUAAUGGGAAUUUUUCUCCUAGUGUUUUCCAAAGAGCUGUUAAACAUAAUUGGGAUGAUUUGUCAACAACGACAAAUGGAGAUAUUGAUUAUAAUGAAUUUAGUGGGGAUAGUAGUGCUAGUGAAAAACCUGAAGUUCCACCGAAAAUUCCUAAAGGAUUGACAGAAACUGAAUAUUAUAUACUUGAAAAAGAGAAAUAUUUGCGUGAUUUACGUGGUAAUAGGAUUUGA